AUGACUUCAUCAACUUCUAAGGGUCACCUCAAUAUCACCCACAUCGGUACAGCAACAGCCAUCUUCGAGAUUGACGACGCCAUCCUUCUCAGCCAUACAAAUCACUUAGAUGAACGUGGCUGCCAGCUCUUUCAUGACCGAUACGUCUUCACCACCGUCGAUGAUGCGACUAAGCUCUCACUCCGCCCCGCUGUCUGUGGCACGAAGCCAUGUAUGACGGUCUGGGUCUGCCUUCAAGGCGAGACUAUCGGAAUCACGGCUAUACCGAGACAGCACUCCCGCAGUGGUGAAUACACCGUUUCAUUUUGA